GGGUGUUAAGAAGUGAAGAAAGUUGGUGUUUUAUAAGAAAAAUCAUAAGAAAAUUGCACAAAAUGAUUUCCUCCAAAAUGUUGGGUUUCUUCCAAAUAUCAAGUGUUGGAAAUUUAUCGAAACGAUUUUUAUAUGAAAUAAAGCACUCAGCAGGAAGUUUCGGAGGAAAUCGAUCCUUUAAAACCAUGUCCGUUAAUUACAUCGCAGAAUUUUGGGAUAAAAGAGAGUACCCAGUGCUGCCAUCGGAUAUCCCACAAAAAACCUUACCCAGAAACUAUCUGAUAAAACCGAAGGAAGUUACCUCAGAUAUGUGGUUCUCACAGGAAAAGAGGGAUGAAUUCAUGUCGUACUUCCCAGAUAUCGUUCAACAACUAGAAAGUAAAGCAGCUACAAUAGAUAUGAUUGAAGAUGGAAAACAUAUCUCUGAAGUGUUAAAUUACGUGGUUCCAGGUGGAAGAAAAUAUGCUGGAGUCAUCGCUGCUGAAACAUACAAAAUGCUUCUUCCAAAGUCUGAACAAACACCGGAAAAUAUCAAACUUGGUUACUACCUUGGAUGGUGCGUUGAACUGCUUAUUGAAAAAAUCAACAUGGCUGACGACAUAAUGGAUGAGACAGUAGAAAGACGAAACAAAAAAGCCUGGCAUCUUUUGGAAAAUGUUAAAAUGGCCGCAAUUAACGAUUCGUGCAUAAUCGAAACGGGGAUGUAUUACUUACUCCAAAGAAAUUUUGGUCAUCUCGACUGCUUCAUGCGCCUCCUACAGCAUGUUAAUGAUGCUGCUUUUAUUGUUUUCAUGGGACAGCAUAUCGACAUGAAGUACGCAAAGGACGCCUUCAAUACAUCCCUUAAAAUGUACAGAGAAACUGCGAAUAAUUGCGCCAUAUACAUAGUCAGCUAUUUACCAGUUGUAUUGGGAAUGACUCUUGCUGGUUACACUGAUCGCGAAAUUGUCCAGAAUGCAAAAUCCAUACUAACUCAGCUUGGAUAUUUCUAUCUAAUUGAAAAUGAUUAUAUGGAUUGUUUUGGAGAUCCUGCACUUACAGGAAAGGUGGGAACAGACAUUCAAACUGGUAAGUGUCGUUGGCCGAUUGUAGCUUUUAUGGAAAAAGCUUCUCCGGAGCAAAAGUACUUAAUGAGGGAUCACUACGGGAAAGAUAAUAAAGAAAGCAUAGCUCUGGUGAAAAAACUCUUCGAGGAUGUAAAUAUGCAUCAAUUAUUCGCUGACUAUUCUGCGGAAUUGUACGACACUUUGAUGAAGGACAUUGAAGAAAAUUCCUAUGGGGAUUUGAGAAAAGUCUACGUAAAACUGGUUGAAACAAUGACUUGUUCAACGGAAAUUGGAGGACUUUUUCCAUAGCAUAUUUUCAUGAAAAUCUUUCUGCUAUUUUUUUCAAGGAUAUACUAGGUAUAAAAAUAUAAUUUAAAAUUAUAUGUUGAAUUUAAAAUAAAAAAUAAAAAAACGCAAGAAAAACUUAAAAAAA